AGAGUUAGAUUUAAGACUUGAGAGAGAUACAAGUUUGCAAACGUCAUGGAUGCAACAAGGGUUCGCCUUACCUUAGCUUUUAUUUGGAUGUUACUAGUGCUGUCAAGAUGCGAAGCUAGUAAAGACAAUUGCCUUAACAUCGUUCAGUACAUAUACCACAGCCUUGGAUUACGAAGCCGUGCACAAGGUGCCCCGAAUAUAGCGGGAGAGUGGACCUCAUCGAGCUGUGAGGUAAGACCUGGUCCACAGUUUUUUACACGGUAUAUCAAGAUCUUACGGAACUCCACGUGGGAAGGUUAUUUCCAUCGCUAUAACGACUCACAAUGUUCCGAACCCAAGUUAAGUCUUUACAUGAGAGGAUUUUACAAGGUAAUGGACGAACCUUUGGAAACCAUAAAGGGCAGUAACAAGGCAUUCUUCAACUUCUCAACGAUACAGCUCUACCCGCACAACGGCUACGAGCAGGAGAUGGUUAUCAAUACGUCAGCCGGGCAUUGUCCGAAUACGCUGGAGGUUGUGAGAAGCCUAGACUCUACUGAUGUUUUUGAAGUAGAUAAUAGAGCAUUUAGACGACGAGCUUGUAGGAACGCAUUUGGAUUCUUGGAAUCGGAAUUUUCUGGAUUAAAGCUCGAAACUCGGAGAAAGAAAAGCUCUAAAUAUGAUAAGCUGUAUUUUGGUGAGGUCCCCACCACAAGAGUUUCUAGAAAGUACAAGCCCAAUUCUUACCAGCUCCCACUGAUUAGGUACAAUUCUCAUAAUUGUACCAAAUGUAUAAAAAUUCGAUUGGGCACUGGAGCGCGUCCACCAAAGUUUGUUUGGAAACCACCUCGUCUUGGGUUAUUAGAAGGAGAGUGGGCAAGCACAACUUGUGAGGCAAUCCCAGGAGGCGCAUUCUUGACGCGUCACUUCAAAUUCACUAACAAUCAAAGUUCACGUAAAUGGGAAUGUAAUUAUUAUUUCUAUGUGGAUUCAGAAUGCAAAAAGCGUGACUUUGAACUGAAUGGGAAAGGACACUUUUCGUAUGCAAUACCUUCCAAAGCGGUGAAUGGGGCUUCUGAAUACGUGUUCACCAUGACAGAGGCAGCCAUUAGGCCAUUGGAUAAGAUCACUACGCGAAUGUUGAACACCGCUACACCUAAUACAUGUGGCAAAACUGGAACUUGGAAGACAAACGUCAAGCAAGAUAUCACACAAACUCAAGGUUGUAAAUUGUACGGCAUUUCACUCCCGAACACCGAGUACGAUCUCCUGAAGAUGGACACUGAUCAUCGAGACAAUAGACUUCUUUAUGUGGGACAACGAGCUAGUGAUGGUUCCGACCCCUCUACUCCCUCGAGGAGAGCAACGUCAUUCCAAGUACCACUUAUCGAAUGCACAUCGUACAAAUUUAAAUUUGUACCUCCUACAACUCGCCCAACAACUCGUCCAACCACCCGAAUUGGCAUUGUGUUCUCUAUUGGGACGUUGCCAACCAAGAGAAAGGAAAGUACCACCAGAAGGCGAACUGAUCGCGAUCCUGGCCGUCAAACAACCCACAACAGAAGUGGAAAUGGUUCUGAUGUAAACACGGAGAAUGUUGAAUACCUUUACCGAAACAGUGCAGCCAGCUUGUUAAGUAAACUUUUGUUGGUGCUAAGCACAGUCGUCGUUAGCAUUUUGACGAAUUAAAUUUUUCAUAAAUAAUGAGAUGCUACGCGAAACAUGUAACAAAACUCCUUUUGAACUGUAAAAGAAAACAAUUACACAGUUUGAGCGCGGUCAAAGGGUGGUAUAUUUCAUAGAUUAAGACUGUUCCUUUUCAAAAAUGACUUUUUCGUUAUUGUUAGAUGGAACCUCUGACAAUCUUAGUAUAGUGUCGCCUUUUGGCUGAAGUGCUCGAAACAGUACUUAAACAAAUGGACUGAGGGAAAGACUGGCAAAAUGAGUUGGGGAGUUCUAGAAGUAUAAGUGGCAGAGGGUAGCGUAAAAACUUCUUUAAGCAUCGUUCCCUGAGUGAAUUUGUUGAUGAGGAAAUACGAAAACUAAUCGCUGAAGUUGAUUUUGCCAGACUCGAGGAAACAUUUUUCUGAAGACUUCAAAAAGGACGGUCUAAAUUUUUUUAUGAAAUCAAAAUAUUCUUGGAUUAUUUCUGGUGUAUAAUUUCCCAACUGGGAUAUGUUACAAGCUCUGAUUAAUAACAAAACUCUAUCGCUUUUUGUUAGUCGAAAGAUUAACUAGCUUUUCGGGUGUUUGCCAAACAUUCCAAAAGGGUUCUUACAACAGUAAACCGGUCUAUUGAUUGAUAAAUAUUUUUUCAGAAGCUAACAUUGUGGGCAAUAUUCUGGGUUAAGACAAUGGGAUAAAUCGUAUGUAUAAGGACCGAUUUGGGCGUUUCAACUUCGCAGUAUUCCCUGUGCGAAUAAGGAGAAUUUUUACCUUUAGAGACUAAUGAUUAUCAUGGAUUGUGAAAAACGUUAAAAACUUCAUAUGCACGAUUCUCGCGUGAAGAGCAACGAAACUUAAACUUCCAAAGAGUGUUUUAGUUAAGUUUUGUCAGUUUAGUUUUGCAAGUAACGUUGGAAAAAACGAAUGAAUUGAAUCAAAGUUUUGUAGAUAGAAUACAUUUUCAUUAAAACUGCACAGGAGUAUUGGAAAACGUUGUGUUCCAUUUCAUAAGUAUUGCUAUAACUUAGGUCAUCUUCCGGAAAGAACGGUUGUCGGUAAAGAGUUAAACGUUUCCAAAAGAAGUCAGAAGUCAUCAACAGAGUGAAGUUACUCAUCAACAGUUUGUUUAGUAAAUGAACUUAAGUCAAUUUACAAUGGGUUUACUUUCCAUUGCAUUACACUUCAAAACUCCUAGCUUUCAUUUUUUUCUCAUUAGGCUUGUAUUACAUUGUUCGGAAAAAGUCUACUUAUUUUUUGCAACAGAAAUCACAGGAGUUGUCUUUUGCCUAAAUAUAGACGAGUCAGUCUUUUUCUGGAUGUUCUUACGUUUUAUGGUUAGCUUGUCGGGGGCUUCAGCACAAUAUAAGUUCAUUAUCAUCACGUUGGUACUAAUAUCUAGUUAGAAAGAACCGAAAUAUGUCUUAAAUGAUAUUUUCAGAAAAGAUUUAGUUGGUUGCACAUAUAUUUGAGGUUAAUCCCUUUUUAGGAUUACCGGCGAGGUUAGAGUAGGAGCCACGAGCGGCACUAAUGAUCCCAGCCACAGGAAACAGUGCAGACUAUUAACUAGGAAAUGCAAAGGGAGAGGUUAAGCCAGUCGAUACCCCGGAAUACUAAUAUCGUGUUGCAAGGAAAUUCUUCAGUUAAUUAAAUAGAGGUAUUUUGAAUAA